GGCCGCCCACUCGGAGGGGUAAAACUGGAACGGGCAAAACCUUACCCCUCGCUCCGAGCCCAUCGCCCGCGCCCGCACGGCGCCACGGCUAGACAAGCCUGCGCAAUCCGGCGCCCGAUUCGCCGGCCACGAUGCACAGCUCGCUCGCGAGGCAGGUGGGCCCGCCGAUCCGGCCUGGCUGCGCGAACCAGAGCUGCCGCCGCGAUCGAUCCGGCUCGGUCCGGUGCCGCGCCGAGGCCGCGCCGCCGGUGUCCGUCGCCAGGACGGGGCCGUACACCGGGAGGGACCCGGAGGUGAAGAAGCCGGCGUGGCUGAGGCAGAGGGCGGCGCACGGGGAGAAGUACGCGCGGAUGCGGGAGUCGCUCGGCGAGCUCAAGCUCAACACCGUCUGCGUCGAGGCCCAGUGCCCCAACAUCGGCGAGUGCUGGAACGGAGGGGGAGGGGCGGGCGGGGAAGGCGACGGCAUUGCCACGGCGACCAUCAUGGUGCUCGGCGAUACUUGCACGCGCGGCUGCCGAUUCUGCGCCGUGAAGACCAGCAACAAGCCUCUGCCGCCGGAUCCCAUGGAACCUCUGAACACGGCCUUGGCAGUUGCAAGUUGGGGAGUAGACUAUGUUGUGCUGACAAGUGUUGAUAGAGACGACUUACCUGAUGGUGGAAGUGGCCAUUUUGCUCAGACAGUGAGAGCUUUGAAGGAGCUCAAACCUGGGAUAUUGGUGGAAUGCUUAACCUCGGACUUUCGAGGUGAUCUGGAGGCUGUUUCCUCUUUGGCCGAUUCUAAUCUAGAUGUCUUUGCACACAACAUUGAAACUGUGAGGAGUCUGCAGAGAAUUGUGAGGGAUCCUCGCGCAGGGUAUGAGCAGAGCUUAGCUGUUCUAAAGCAUGCAAAAAUUUGCAAAGAAGGGAUGAUAACCAAGUCUUCUAUCAUGCUUGGUCUUGGGGAAACUGACGAGGAGGUGAAGCAAGCCAUGAUUGACUUAAGGGCAGUUGGUGUUGAUAUUCUCACAUUGGGCCAAUAUUUACAGCCAACAGAAAAAUAUUUGACGGUUAGAGAGUAUGUGACGCCUGAGAAGUUCCAGUUUUGGAAGGAGUAUGGUGAAUCGUUGGGUUUUUGUUAUGUUGCUAGUGGACCUCUGGUCCGGUCUUCGUACCGUGCAGGAGAGCUCUUUGUCGAGAAUUUGGUCAGAAAUAAGAAGAUUAAGCCUGCAUCUGGCUCCUCUUAAGUCUCAACCAAGAUAUGUCAACCUACAAAAGCAGUCCAUCGGGUUCUUCCACUUUGUAUGUUCAGAGCAGCACCAGAAAAGCGGGGGCGGCACAAUCAUUAUAUUAUUCUGGAAGUUUGUCCCCUGCUUUCUUUUUUGAAUAUGCACACACACUUUUGAUAGUUAUCACUGUAGAUGCCCAGAUGCCAUUUUUGCUGUUGUAUCAUUACCUUUGAAAGAAUAUAGCAAAAGCUAUUCAUGAGUCCA